UUUGUCUUUUCAAUCGGUGAUGGAGAAAAAGCAUCUCUUUUCCAACUAACAUGGAGGUACCCUGUAGGAGGAGUCCUUUGUAACCAAACAAGUAAAGGAUUUUCCUGUAUAAAAAAGCACCGACCGUUCACUGGAAGACAGGAGGACCUCGGCGUACAGGUCCUGGCACAGGCAGACGUGUUGUCACGCAUAGGAGUUGAGAACCUGUCUCCAUCAGGCUUUUUUAUCUCGUGAGCUCACCCUCCCUCUCCCGCGGUGUAUCUUCAGUACGACACAUGCUGCGGGGCUCAGGCGGUCACUCACGCCAAACGGGCUCCUUGCUUCCUUGCCGGCCCACGUUGAACUUCAUGGGUUGAACCACCAGGAGUUCCACACUCUCCUCUCUGUUAUCCUCAUUUGUUCUCCGCCUCAUCCUCUGGUCUGCCCCUAGACCUCUUCCACCCCAACCCACAAGUCCGCUCUGUCUACUCCACAUCACUGCAGCAUGAUGGCUGGUUGUGCCGCAGGCUUGUUUGGAUUUGCAACCACAGCAUCACCCUCCAAUACACGGAGUUGCGGACACAGCAGCCAGUAGAGAGAGAGAGAGAAAGUAAGAAAUAAAGAGAGAGAGAGAGAGAGACUGAGAGAGCAGAGGCUGCAGAGCACAGCAGAGAGGAGGGAUCGACAGUCCCAGCAGCAGAGGGAUCCACCUGUCCCAGAGUGGAAGGGGGCCCCCCGCCUGAUCCGUUUGGCUGCAGGGGGGGACCCCGUGUAGCCACGAAAGCCAGCAGAGACUAUGCAGCUGGGACUGGUGGCGCUGGCGAUGGUCUUCCUCAGCUCCAUGAGUCACAGCGAUGUCCUCAAGCUCUCCAAGGCGCGGAGACAGAGACGAAUUAGCACUGAGGGGCUGCCAUCUUGCCCCAAAGGCUGCGAUCGCUGCUCUGAGUAUAAUGGCUGUGUGAAAUGCAAGCCCAAGCUCUUCAUCUUCCUGGAGCGCAACGACAUCCGUCAGAUAGGGGUGUGUCUCGCCUCCUGCCCCAUGGGAUACUUUGGCAUGAGGAACCCUGAAACCAACAGAUGCACCCAAUGUAAAAUAGAAAAUUGUGAAGCAUGUUUCAAUCGCAAUUUUUGCACAAAAUGUAAGGAGGGCUUGUAUUCACACAGAGGGCGAUGUCAUGUCAGCUGCCCUCCAGGCCUAAGCACUGUCAACGGGACCAUGGAGUGUGUAGGUCAACCUGUUGUCGAGUGUGAACUGGGUGAGUGGAGCCAGUGGAGUCCCUGUAUGAGGAAGAACAAAACAUGCGGUUUCAGGAAAGGCUUGCAGUCGAGGGUCCGUAUGCCCCUUCAGCAGGUCCCCGGCCCAGAUAACCCUCCGGCCCUCGUAACCUCACAGCCUUGUGCUCCACAGACAGAGAAAAAAAGGUGCACUGUGGUCAAGACCCCCUGUACAAGAGGCAGGAAAAAUAAGGGCGACCGAAAGGAUGAACCGGGCAGGAAAGAGAAGGAGAACGGGCGAAGUCGAGGGCGAGAUGGCAGUAAAGGAGGAGGAGGAGGUGGGAGCAGAAGGAGAAAGGGCCAGAGCAAGACCACAACCGCUCCCAGCAUCACAACAAGUUCUGUCUCCUAACUUCCAAUGCCAGCUGGGUGGGGCCGGGAGAAAACCAGAAACAAGGCCUCACCCGACACCUCUGGCCAGAGAGAACAUGAUGAAUAUUAAACUGUUGAGGAAAUGGAUUCAUGCUGCUAUGCAUUUUAGAAGAUGCGCAAAGAGAACUGGAGGAUUGCUGCAAUACAAAAGACUUUCCAGAACUUUGUACUGGGAGAAGAGCAUAUCUGGAAGAGACUGUGGACUUGGUGGUACUUGGAGAGGCUUGCUGACUUUCAUUCCACUAUGAGGGAUCACUGUUGGACAGCGCAGUCACAUUGGAAAAGACUGCGGUUCAACAUGGUUCAUUUCAUCCCUCGUGAGCCGACGUAAGUCCCUCUUGAACUAGGAACAGAUCCUGCGUUUCAAGUGCAACUUCCUGAUAAUGAGUGAGGGAUCUCUUCAAUCUGCUCUGCUCAAUGAUGUAUUUUUUUCCAAUCUAAUUUUAAUCACAAUCUGUUUUUUAUUUGUUUCCGUGUUUGUGAGAGGUAGCAGACGGAUAUUUUCAAGAGCCGCUGUACGUGAUGUAGAGAAAAUGAACAGUAUUAAGAGUCUUUAUACCUUUAUUUCUUAUUUUAAGAUGGAACAAAAAGAAAGGCACUGGAACUCAUUUGUGGUUGCGGGGGAAAGAAGGUCUUAUAUAUAUUUUGGGUAGGAGGGAAUAUAUUACAAAACAAGCCCGAGAAUGGAUGUAGAGGGGGAUUAGUGGGAGCUCAGCUCAAAUCCUGCUCUGGUGUCUGACAAAAGUUUAGCCAUUUGAUAGAUUAGUUGUUUGUUUCCAAUUAAAUGUUGUAUCAGAAAAUAACAGAAAAUGAGGAAUAGACAAACAUGAGUAUGUGCAUGGAGACAAAGUUGCGUGUGCGUGUGUAUGUUUGUGUGUGUGUGUGUGUGUGUGUGUGUGUGUGUGUGUGUGUAUACCUGAAGUCUACGUUUUUUUCUGCAAAGUAGGCCUAGUGAGCACUCUCAUGACUGUAUGUAUAUUUGUGUGGUUGCCUGUGUAUUUUGUAUGUGUUUCUGCAUGGAAUCUUGUUGUUUGUACAUAUGUGCUAAUAUUUGCACAUGUAUGGUAAUUUUGGUCUCAUACAGUGAGGGAACAGGAUCUGGAAAACAAGAGCAACCAUUGUAAAGGCACAAUAAUAUAUCAAAAACAUAAUUAUGCAAUAACUACAAGCCACUGAUUAUUAUGUAAGCCAUCAAGCCAUCAGCUGCUCAAUAAUCAUAUAUAUUUGCAACAGGGUUUGAGAUUUUGCACAGCCAUAGUGUUUCCUACUGCUUGAGUUUCAAAAGAAUCAUGACAUUUUACACAUUUAUAUUACAAAAACUGGCUUCAUGACGUCGCAAAUACGCAGAAACUUUUUCGUAGAAUUUUUAGGACACUACUAGUUUGAGCAAAUACCGUCACCUGCUUUGUAUAACUUUCCCUGGGGCUGUUUGCUUUACACAAGAUAUUAGUUUCAGGAGAAGUUGUAUAUCACAUUAUUCAUUCAUAUUAUGGAUUGUGGUACUGAAUAUGUUUAUCAUCAAACAUAAGGAGUGUAAGUCUCAUCAUGUAUAUCUUAUUCUGUGAAAGCUCAA